CUCAGUCCCGUCGGAAAAUGAGAUGGGCAAUCCCGGAUCCCAUACGAGCGCUGUUCUAUUCUAUAUUCCAGUGGGAUGUCAUUGGGGGUCAACAGACUAAAUGAUAGAGCUCAAAAAUCUACCAUCUCUUCCUCAUACAAUGCCAUUGCGCAGAAAUAUCACGAUUGGGCAUCUCCGCGACCCACGACAGACAGAGCAGACUACAUUGAUCGAUUAUCUCACAUUCUACCUAAAGAUGCCAAGAUACUGGAACUAGGCUGUGGAUCAGGUGUACCGGCCACUCAACAAUGCGUCAAACUCGGAUACGACGUAACCGGCGUGGACGUUUCCUCCAAGCUCAUCGAGAUUGCUCGACGCGAAGUACCUGGCGCGACUUUCCACGUCUCAGACAUGAUUUCGUUCACGCCUCCCAAUGGAGAGAGAUUUGACUGUAUCAUGGCUUUCUAUACCAUUUGGCAUCUUCCGCCGGACGAGGAGGAGCUGAUUCUGCGUAAAGCAGCGACGGAAUGGCUCAAACCGGGUGGAUGGCUCUUGUUCAAUCUCAUGACCGUCAAAGGCGAGCUCAAGAUGGACGAAUGGAUGGGUCAGACAAUGAUCUCUUGGGGUCUAGGAGAAGAUGGCAACAGGGAGCUCGUCAAGAAACUUGUGGAUGAGGGACUGAUUGAGCCCGAAUCUAAAGAUGGGACUGGCAGUCAAGGUGAAAUCAAGGUGGAAAAGGUCGGCAGAUUCGAUGAGGGGAUGCACUGGUUCCUGCUGCAGUCAAAGGCAUAAAAAGGGGGGCAAUGUGAAUGCGUGUACAAAUCUAGCCCGUGCGUGUAAAUGUUACUAUGCGGCGAGCACACGCAAAGCACUGGUCUGUUUAUGCCGCCACUACUCAUGAAGCCCGUUCAGUCCCCAGAAUGCAAAGAGCGAUCCGAAGGUCGCCGUGAUGUACAGUAUGACCCGAGGAAUGAAGUCCAUCACGUUGAGAAAGGGGUAAGGGAAUUUGCCGUUGAUGGUGGCACAGUGUUCCACCCAGACGCCGUAGAGCGUCCCGAAUGUAAGGGCGAGGAGCGGUGCUCCGAUAGUAGAUGCUGGAGGGGUGUAUUUCUUCUCGAGGAAGAAGAAAU